UAAAUAAUAACCAACCUGCCUUUUAUCCCUCGCGACCAAAACUACAAUGGGAGGACCAAAUCCAAUCGAAAGCGAGAGAGUCGCUGACUCGAACAACAGUUUGGAAGGACAGAACUUUGAUAAUACUUCAGACACCUCUAAGAGAGCCAAUUGGAAAGUCAGCCUCAUCGGUGGUUCAUGUGCCUGCAUCGUCGUCCUUGUUAUUAAUCUUGGCGUUACCAUCUGGUCAAGCGUGAGCCUCAAAGGUAACGAAAACAGCGAAAGCUACGAACACGGCGAAAAGUCAAGCCGGAGGAUUAUCUACGAAGGAUCUUGCUCGAUUUCACGUACCCUCAGUGUCGUGAUCCACCUCAUUAUCAACAUCUUCGGCUCAAUCCUCCUUGCUGCGAGCAACUAUGGCAUGCAAUGUCUUUCUGCACCAACUAGGGCAGAUGUAGAUAAAGCGCAUGCACGCAAACAGUGGAUGGAUAUCGGGAUCCUCAGCUUUCGUAACUUGAGAAUGGUAUCUCGAAUGAGAGUUGUUCUUUGGCUGUUAUUGGUCUUAUCCUCAGUGCCCCUACAUCUUUUGUUCAAUUCAGUGGUCUACUCCUCCUUGACAACAUGGGGUUAUGAUACUUUUACCGUUGAUGAAGAAUUCCGACUCCUUUGGAAAGAUUCUGGAUAUAACCUCAAGGAUUCCCCGACGGAUGAGCAAAGAGUCGAGCAGAUGAUAGCCGGAGUCCUUGGACAGCUUGAUAAUCUUACUGCCUUGCAGUGUAUCAACGAGUAUGCCGUGGCCUUCCAAACAAAGAGACGUGACGUAUUACUCAUCGUCGACUCGACUGGAUCUGUGGCAACGGGGAGCGAGAAUCCCCACCCGCUUUUAUAUCGCAGCGCCUCAUGUGAACACCCUGCUCAUUCAGAUUAUGACUGGAUUUGCGGACACAGAGACAGAGGCUGCUCCCCGUGCCGGAGCGAGUUACCUGAAGUCAGGAGUCAAUCCGAUGUUUGGAGACCGUGGGGCAACCGCGUGAAAUAUUGCCUCAGCCAGCCAGCGAAAGAAAUGUGCCGGCUGAACUUUGACUUCCAAAUUGCCGUGGUUAUGCUUGUCGUCAAUUUCAUCAAAGCAGUUACACUAGUAUUCAUAGCGUUACGGCCACCGAAGGAGCCGUUGUUCGUUCUUGGAGAUGCUAUUCAAUCAUUCUUGAUAUCCCCGGGUGAGACGUCCGGUGGAGACUGCUUAGCAUCUGCGGGCAUGGUGAGGGCAGGUCAAUUCAAUCGACCUUGCAUCAUGGAUGCAAACCCUAGACGCCGAGGUGUUGCAGUCACCAGAAGAAGAUGGAUUAUCAUUCUUGUUAUGUACGGAACUGCACUUUGUGGUACUUGUUCUCUCCUGAUAUGGGGUGUUCUAGUACUUCCAGGUCCCAGAGACCUCAAGAGUCUUUGGGGUCUUGGAUUCGGCAGUACCAAUGAGCUAACAUUAAUAGGAUUGGGUUGGGAUGCCAAGGGCGAGAAAAGCCUCAUCUGGAAUGUCCUCUUGCCUAACCUUCCUCAGCUGAUUUUCUCAGUUCUCUAUUUUCAAUACAACAGCCUUUUUACCUGUAUGGCUGCAGCAAAGGAAUGGAGCAACUAUGGCCACAAAAGAAGGUCCCUACGCGUUUCCUCUAACCCAAGAGGUGAGCAACGAUCGCGAUAUUUCCUCCAGCUCCCAUACCGCUAUAGUAUCCCCCUCUUAGUAGCUUCGAUCUUGAUGCACUGGAUGUUGUCGCAGAGUAUCUUCAUUGUCGCUGUUGGAGAAGUGUGGGAUUGGAAAGUGCUCGCUUGUGGAUACUCGCCCAUAGCCAUCAUCUUCGUCAUUAUCACUGCUGUACUCAUGGCUGCUGCGGUUAUUGUCACAGCACUGCGGCGCUUACCGACUGCCAUGCCGGUGGCUGCGAGCUGCAGCUUGGCAAUUGCAGCUGCUUGCCAUCACCCAGAUAACAUACCGCAGCCGGACGCAUCCAUGUUUCCUCUCCAAUGGGGUGUUAUGUGGCGACAGAGAGAAGGAUCUGGUUGGGAGCUUACGGACCAUUGUGGAUUUUCUCAUUAUCCGGUUGAGAAGCCACAAGAUGGAAUUGUGUAUCGCUGAUGAUAGAUGGC